UCACAACACAGCAGCCCAACUGUACUUUGUUGGCUGGGAAGUUGGAGAAGGGGGUAGAGUACAAAUCUAGAUCUGUCCUAUAUAUUUUUUUCCCUUCAUUGAACCGUGCUUUGUAUGAUGUCUGAGAAUGUCCAUUUCUGGGACUCUUAGCAAUUAUUAUGUCGACUCUAUUAUAAGUCAUGAAAGUGAAGACUCGCCUUCAGCUAAAUUUUCAUCUGGGCAAUAUACAAGUUCCAGGCAAGCUGGGCACAAUGAGCAUCUAGAAUUCCCCUCCUGUAGUUUUCAGCCAAAACCUCCAGUUUUCAGCGCCUCCUGGACUCCUUUGAAUCCACAUUCUUCUGGUACCCUUCCUGCCGUCUACCAUCCAUAUAUUCAACAUCAAAGCGUCCCAUCUGAUAGCAGGUAUCUACGGAGCUGGCUGGAUCCAGUACCCAGAGCAGAGAACCUCCCCGGGCAGGGAUCUGUUAAGGCAGAGCCGCUGCUGGGCCGUCCCGGGGAUGUCCAUAAACAGGGAACACAGGAGUACAAUUUAGAAACUUCUGCUGCAAGGGAAGGGAUCGUUUCCAAUCAAAGGCCCAGCUUCGAGGACAAUAAAGUUUGUGAAGGAAGCGAAGACAAAGACAGGACAGAUCAAACCAACCCAGCUGCCAGCUGGCUUCACGCCCGUUCCUCCAGGAAAAAACGAUGCCCUUACACCAAAUACCAGACCCUGGAACUAGAGAAGGAGUUUUUAUUCAAUAUGUACCUGACGAGGGACCGUAGACACGAAGUGGCCAGACUCCUCAACCUGAGUGAGAGACAAGUCAAAAUCUGGUUUCAGAACCGAAGGAUGAAAAUGAAGAAAAUGAACAAGGAACAGGGCAAAGAAUGAAAAAAAAAAAAAAAAAAAGGAAGGAAAAAAAAGAAAAAACAAAAAAAAGAAAAGCAGCAUCCCCCCCCUUCUCCCCAGCUCCCUGCCUCCGCGGCCGCGCACCCCCACUGCCAACCCCCCCAAACACGAGGGGAAACCCUCCCCGUCCCCCAUCUCCACCUUUGCAUGCGAGAUGUUGCUUAUUAUUCUUUUUAUCUUCUUAGUAUUCCCACGUAGGAGGCAACUUAGCCAAAACUGCAGCUCCUUUUUGGGGACACAUGCUGGGUUUUGUUUCAGUUCUCUUGUUUUCUUUCUCUAUUUUCUCCCCCCCCUACCCCCACCCCCCCCCCUUCUCUUUUCUUCUCCCUGCAGUGUAACACAGACACAGGCUCCUGUCCGAGCAGCAGCUUUCUCUGCUCGCAUUUUCUCCACGGAAAGCAAGACGGCAAAAAAACAACCGGCCCCAAACAACCCCGGCCCAAGCCCCCACCAAACCUCGCUGUCUUUCUUUAUCCACGUAAGGACAAUGAUUCUCUAUAACAUUCACAACACCCCGGCGCACACACACACUCCCACCCUCACUCACACGUUGAGCCGGCCAAGGAACCAGACGAUUUAAUUAAACUACUGCAAGACAGA